AUGGUGCGGUAUCUCAUCGGAAAAUAUUCGGACCCUGUGUUCGGAAUGGUGACAGGCGCAUUCGCCUACUACCUGUGGGAGAAGGAUCCGAAGAAUGCCGCUGAGCGACCGCCAGGUAGGUCGCUACAUGAACUCGCAUCCAGGCGCUGGCAGAACGGCCAAGCACCCUUGUCCCUCGCGCCGGUCACUUCGCGUUGA